AUGACCACGAUUGCGAAGACCUUCCAAAUGACUAUUUACCAUGGGUUGGAAAGCGGUUGCCCAGAAACCGACGGAGAAAUGGGUAGCAUCGAUACGAAGCGCAUGCAGGAUGGAAAUCCCUACAAGCUACCGGAAAAGACCUUCCACACGGUUCGUAUCAUUGGAAAGCCUGUAACAGAUGUCCUAACGGAUGGGAAAUAG